AUGUCAGCAACGUCAGGUUCGACGCCGGAAGCGGGCCCAUCGUUCACCAUGGGCCGACAACGCACUCGAAACGCUCAGGCGCAAGCCGAUCUGCGCGUUCGCAGAAAGGCGUACAUCAAGACGCUCGAAGAGACCGUCUCUUCGCUCGAAGCGUGCGUCCGUCAGCUCCGAGAUCAGAAUGCGGAGCUCGCUGCUCGUGCCUCUGCUUCAGCCUCAGGUUCUACCAGCUCAUCGAGUGAUAGCGAGCUGGAAGAGCUGCGCGCUGAGAAUGCGAGAUUGUAUGCGAUGCUUGCCCAAGCCGGCUUGGCUUCUGGAUCCUCCUCGUCCUCGAGCGCAAGGUCAAGAACGAGUGCAGACACUGUAGUCGCCAAUCAGGAAAGAGGUUGGAACCACACCUCGUCGAUCACAACAAAGAAGCGCAAAGUGUCCAAGAUGCAGGCGUUCGCGAAAGACGUCGGGUUUCAGCUCGAUGGGACGCUCCCUUUCCCCUCACAACAAGCAUACGGAGCGAUGACGGCCAGCGAAGGCAUCGCCGACGCAGGCAUCCGCGCGGCUCAAGUCACUCACGGUCGCUUCGACUCGAUGACAAGCAAUACACCCUCCUCAUCAUCGCGCGAGUCUGUCGUAUCGCAUCGGUCACCCUCGACUCCUCGUUUCGAAAUGGCCGAUGCCCUUCCACUCGAUUCUGCACCCAAGGCCGAGUCGAUAGACAUGCUGCAUCUCCCUGCUACGUCGCUGGAAUCAGCUUGGCCGGUGUAUGCGCCGUCGAUGACGCUCGAACCGACCCAAAUGUUCGCUCAAGACGUCACAUCUCAAGCAACGGCGGUGCCAACGCAAGCGCAAAGAGCCGACCUGGCAACGUGGCUCCUGCACCAGCACGCCCCAUCAACAGCCCACGCACAGUGGCCCAUGGCCCAAGACCCCAGUUCCUCGAUGUACCCUGGUUGGCUCGCCCAGGUCGAGAGGAAUUGGUGA